AUAAAAAAUAAAAAAAUAUCAACUGAAGCAAUCUAGAGGAGAGAAGAUGGAGAGCACCAUGAAAGAGAUGAGAGGCGGGGAAUCAGUGCUUGAUUUGUCCCCCAGAGCCACCGUAGGUGGCGGCGUUGAGGAUGUUUACGGUGAGGAUUGCGCCACCGAGGACCAACUCGUCACCCCAUGGACUUACUCUGUUGCAAGUGGAUAUUCAUUGUUGAGGGAUCCCCACCAUAACAAAGGGCUUGCCUUCACUGAGAAAGAAAGAGAUUCUCACUACUUGCGUGGUUUACUCCCUCCUGCUGUUAUCUCUCAACAGCUUCAGGAGAAGAAAUCGAUGAACAAUAUCAGGAAAUAUCAGGUUCCCCUGCAAAAAUACAUGUCCAUGAUGGAACUUCAGGAAAGGAAUGAGAGACUGUUUUACAAGCUGCUGAUCGAUAACGUUGAGGAGCUGCUCCCAAUUGUUUACACCCCAACUGUAGGAGAAGCUUGCCAGAAGUACGGGAGCAUCUUCAGGCGUCCGCAGGGUCUUUAUAUAAGCUUGAAAGAGAAGGGAAAAGUUCUUGAUGUCUUGAAGAACUGGCCGGAAAGGAGUAUUCAAGUUAUCGUCGUAACCGAUGGUGAGCGUAUUUUGGGCCUUGGGGAUCUUGGCUGUCAGGGGAUGGGAAUUCCUGUUGGGAAAUUGGCUUUGUACACAGCACUCGGGGGGGUUCGUCCUUCAGCAUGUUUACCGGUGUCCAUCGAUGUCGGCACAAAUAAUGAGAAGUUGUUGAAGGAUGAGUUCUACAUUGGGCUUCGACAAAGGAGGGCAACUGGGCAGGAAUAUGCUGACCUGCUACACGAAUUCAUGUGUGCUGUCAAGCAGAACUAUGGGGAAAAAGUUCUUAUACAGUUUGAAGACUUUGCAAACCAUAAUGCUUUCACAUUGCUUGCGAAAUAUGGCACUAGCCACCUUGUCUUCAACGAUGAUAUACAGGGGACAGCAUCUGUUGUUCUUGCCGGGAUUGUCGCUGCAUUUAAGUUGAUUGGUGGCACUCUAGCUGAUCACAGAUUCCUGUUCCUUGGUGCCGGAGAAGCUGGGACUGGUAUAGCAGAGCUUAUAGCUCUUGAGAUGUCAAAGCAGACAAAAAUUCCCUUGGAAGAGACUCGUAAGAAGAUCUGGCUUGUCGACUCGAAGGGACUGAUCGUUAGCUCUCGUAAAGAUUCACUUCAACAUUUCAAGAAACCAUGGGCUCAUGACCAUGAACCUGUUAAGGAUCUAUUAGGUGCUGUCAAGGCAAUCAAGCCAACAGUUUUGAUCGGGUCUUCUGGAGUUGGAAGAACUUUUACGAAGGAAAUUAUCGAGACUGUAGCCUCCUUGAAUGAGAAACCUCUUAUCAUGGCUCUCUCCAACCCGACCUCACAGUCCGAGUGCACAGCAGAAGAAGCUUAUACUUGGAGUCAGGGCCGUGCCAUUUUUGCUAGCGGAAGUCCGUUUGAUCCUUUCGAAUACAAUGGCAAAGUUUUCGUUCCUGGCCAGGCCAACAAUGCAUACAUUUUCCCAGGUUUUGGUUUGGGUUUGGUCAUCUCCGGGGCAAUUCGCGUGCAUGACGACAUGCUUUUAGCCGCCUCGGAAGCCUUGGCUAAGCAAGUGUCCGAUGAAAACUACGACAAAGGCCUUAUUUACCCACCAUUCUCCAACAUAAGGAAAAUUUCAGCUAAUAUAGCUGCAAACGUUGCCGCUAAAGCAUAUGAGCUCGGUGUGGCAACUCGUCUCCCUCGUCCUGCCGAUCUCAUGAAGUAUGCCGAGAGUUGCAUGUACUCGCCCAUCUACCGAAGUUACCGGUAAAUGCUCGGAGAUCACCCGUUUUAGUAUAUAAUAGCUUAAUCUUGAAGUUCAUCUAUGUUAAGUUGGAUGGGGGAUCUUAACUUUGUAUUGUUAGCUAUGUUCAUGUUUUAUAAAACUUCAAUAAUAUACGACUGCAUAAUGCAGUAACAUUAUAUAAAGGUACCAGCCACCAGGACCGAAUUACUUCGGAUUGUUCAA